GACAUACCAGACAUCAACCAUCACUCGAAACCACAAACCUCACUUUGCAUCUUCAUCCAACAGCUCAACACCACCGCAAUGGCCAAGUUCACCCUCUUCACCAUCAUCACCGCCGUUCUGGCGUCGGGUCAGGCGGAAGCUUUCCAGUUCCGAUUUUACGCGAACAGCAAUUGCAACCACGACGCCGCGGCGGGCAGCACCUCUCCGCCCAACAAUGGACCCCCGUCCUCCGGCAGCGCGGGCAACUGCUACAGCGCCCCGAUCGGCGUGAACUGGCAGCGCCUCGAGAUUGACAACCCCCCGAACUCGGUCAUCACCUAUUGCAACGUCAACUGCCAGGGCAGUGGCUCGGCGCUGCAGGGCGGCACGCACUGCUUCACGCCCUUCCCGGGUUGCGCCAUCGGCAGCUUGUGA